GGUUUACGUAGUCAUUUUACUACUGGUCCUGGGAUUUCAUCAUCAUCAACAGUUCGACGUACAACGAAUGAACGUAUGGCUGAUGCUGUAUUAGCUAUAGCUAUAUGUCAUAAUGUUACACCAAUGAAUGAGAAUUAUUCACCUCCAGGUGGAAUCGAUAUCACAGAUGGAGAUAAAGGAGCUAUGGAAAUGGUAGAACUUUCUGAUCCAGUUGGCUAUCAGGCUAGUUCACCAGAUGAGAUUGCACUUGUCUCAUGGACAGCAACUGUUGGCGUGACACUUGUAUUCCGUGAUUUACACAGAAUGCGUUUACGUCUUCCAAAUGGCUCUAUUGUCGAAUAUGAAAUAUUGAAUUUAUUCCCAUUUUCUUCGGAAUCUAAACGUAUGGGCAUUAUUGUUCGUGAUUAUUCGUCAAAAAGGAUAAUAUUCUAUGUGAAAGGCGCUGAUACAGUUAUGAGUAAUCUGGUCUCCUAUGUUGAUUGGUUAGACGAUGAAGCUGGUAAUUUAGCUAGAGAAGGUUUACGUACAUUGGUUGUCGCCUCACGUGUUCUAACAGAGGAACAAUACAAUGAUUUUUCGAAACGAUAUCAUAUUGCAAAAAUGUCUUUAACUGAUCGUGUCGAGAAAAUGCAAUCAGUUGUAGCCACUUUAGAAACAGAUUUAGAAGUUCUCUGUUUAACUGGUGUUGAGGAA